CGUGCGCAGUAGCUUCACUCCCGAAUCGAAUUUUGUUUUGCGGUCUUUGUUUUGCUAUGAUGAUGGACUUCGACAACGAAAGGGAGGGACGAAGGUGUCGGGUAUAAUCCAUUCCAUCCCGGUGAAAUUAUCCACGGAUUUGCCAUCAGGCGUACUGUUUUAGAUUUCCAAGAUACGUUUGAAUAUGGCAAGUCAAGAUGGAACCGUAUCGAGCGGCGAACGGGCCGUAAAAAGUUAGUUUCAUAAGAGCCUUAUACAAAUUGGAUUCCUGUUGUGUUUUGAAGAAGAUAAUUUAUUAUGUCUGUAUUUGCAGAUGUGCCAAUGCCUCCGAUUCACAAGCUUACGCUGUCUGAGGUGUUCGACGAAGCCGGAAAGCCAAGGCAUGCUGUCCUAAAGGCCCAUUUUGUACAAGAAGGACGCGUCGAAGAAGAUGUCGCCAUGCGAAUAAUUCGCGAUGCAACGGCGAUUCUGCGAAAGGAAAGAAACGUUUUGGAAGUUGAAGCGCCCAUAACAGGUCAGUUUUGUACAGUCGAAGACGAGCUUUUGAAAGCCGCUUUCAAAAUUACUCGCUACCCGUUAAUACUCCGCUUCGGUACAAGAAGCUAAUUUAUUGUAAAUGUUGGCUUCCGUCUUCUGUAGUUUGUGGUGAUAUACAUGGACAAUUUUACGAUCUUAUGAAGCUCUUUGAGGUUGGUGGUUCGCCUUCGACGACUCGCUACCUGUUCCUCGGAGACUAUGUGGAUCGUGGUUAUUUUUCAAUCGAGGUAUAUAUGCUUUGUUUAUAUUUGAAAAAUUGAAAGACUGAACUUUCGCAUGCAGACCGUAUUAAUCAAAAUUCGUUUCGGCCAUUUGUCUAUUUCUGUAUAUACAUCUGUCGGAAGACGUUUCCAUCUUUGGAAGCUCGAAUGAAAAGCCAAACUAAUAUAGUACAGUAUAAUCGUAUGUUGGACAUAUAAACAAAUUGGUGUUAAUAUUGUACAUCAAGUUAUUUGAGACGGAUUUAAUGCCUAGCGAGCUGUCAACAGCGAUUUCCUUUUGCUAAAUGCACGUAUUUUGAAUUAUUUUCCCUUGCAGUGUGUGCUGUAUUUGUGGACUUUGAAGAUUUUAUACCCUAACACGCUGUUUCUGUUGAGAGGAAAUCACGAAUGCCGACAUCUCACGGAGUAUUUCACGUUUAAGACAGAAUGUGAGUAUUUCAAGAUAAUUUUAAUGAAAUAUUUUCGGCGUUCGCCUUGUGUGUUAUCUGUUUCGCUACAGUUGUCAUUGAAUUCCCCCUGGGGGCUUGGGGUUAAAUAUAGCCCGGUUAUAUUUCCCUGGUUUGAGUGCAAGAAUCAAAUAUCUAAGAAUAUUUUCGGCCUACAUCGCGAUUUUUAUCUGGUGUGUAGGGCAUUUCAAGGUUUGUACUGUCAAUACAGCAUGAAAUGUGUUCAGAAAAAAUUUAAGCAGGCGGCAUGAAUUAUUUAUCUUGUUCGAAGUUUAUACUUGGCGAGGGUUGAGCCGUGCCUACAAGCUGUGAUCUGAAGUUAUUAUUUGGAAGGCCGGGUGAAAUAUUUUUGAAAUAUAUAUAAACAACAUACAUAGGAGCAAAUUCUAAGAAAUCGACUAAAUGGUUCUAAAUCGAGUCUUGUUACAAAUUUGCAAAACAGGCUUGCAAGCUGUGCAUUUUGGAGAUAUUGUCCGAGCACGAGUGGUUUUAUGUAAACUGUGAUAAAAGAUGACUCCUAAUCUGAAUGGAAGUUUUCGACAAUCAUUAAGCAAGGCAUCUGUUUCGUAAUUACACUUUAUUGCAGCUCAAUUUGCUUUGGGUCCUUUAGCAAUGUCUGUCACACUUUAUAACACUGCAAAUCAUUUAUUGUGUCAUAACAUAAUGCAUCAUUUUUGUACAAAAUAAAAGAUGUGUCAUCUGCGACCUUUUUAUAUAUUGACCCCUUUCCCUGUGGUUGGACAAUUAAUCCAUUAGUCUAAGUUUGGGAUUACUAUAUAUUGAAUCUAUAAAGGGUUUGUGUUAUUCACAGUAAUGGGCCAUCUGUCAGCUUAUCUACAUAUAUUGUUUAACUUCUUCCUGCAGUGCCCUGCUUGUGUGUGGAGCUCUUUAUAAUAUAGCAUUCUGACUUCAAUUAAACGCUCUCUCUUUCCAUACAAUUAAAUUUUAAGUGUGUUUAGAAAGUUUCGGAUUGAUAGGGAUAUAACUACUAGGUUAGGAGAAAUUCGAUGUCUUGUAUGAAUGCUCUUUGUUGGGGAGUUAGUUAGUUCUGAUGAAGGGCCUUCGCUCGAAACGUUGACCUUCUCCUUGUAUUUUAAAGGUAGUUUCAUCCGUAUCAAUCCGCGAAGCUUUCUUGUUAUUGCCAGUCUUUGUUACUUACACUAGCACAGAAUGUUCUUGGAAGAGUUCUAAAGGGCUAGUGGCUAUGGCAUUUUGACAGACAAUAUUCUAAGCUUGUUUGGCAGGGUUAACUGCCUAAAAAUAUAAAUAGAACUUUGACCUUUCGAGCAGAACGUUCCUGUCCACUCACUGCCCAGCAUCCGUAGCGACGGCAACAAUGCAGCUGCGGUUUAAGAGAAAUACAACUGCCUGAGACAAAUACAAUCAGAACCUUAACGUUCUCGAGUGAAGGCCCUUGUAUUUUUGAGGUAGAAACCCGUUGUUUGGCCAGACUGCUAAGUUGGGCAGUUUUUGACGAGAUCCCGGGUGGGGGAAAAGUCCGAACGGAAGUGCAUGUGCGCAAUACAGUUGCCUAGUGCUGAUCAAGAGUUAGUCAAGGGCAUAAAAGUAACAAAAUAUAUGUAAAAACAAUUGAAAUUAGAGAUUUUGUGGUAGAUUGAAGAUAAAAAUUAUCAUAAUGUGCUAUGGGCGCUUACAUUUCUAGCCUAAAAACUAAAAAGUCUUGAGUGCGACAUUGACCAACAGUCUCUUUAUAUAUUAUCUGUUUGUGUUUUGAUGUUAUGUACUCAAGUGAAUAAAAUGUUUUUGAUGUUACUCUGAGUGUAUAUCCACACCGGGCAAGCUGAAAAGGUUGGCCUGACCACGGUGGGAAUCGAACCGAACGACUGGUAUCCCAAAGGUCGCGAGUUUGAUUCCGGUGUGGAUAUACACUCAGAGUAACAUCAAAAACAUUAUUAGUUUCUUUAUAUUUGUCAUGAAGUUCGAUUCUUCAAGCAAGCAUACAGAUAUUGUUCGUCACUUUCUCAAAGUUUAGUGGGUACAUAUGAAAUAGUCUCCUUGGGCUACCAUGGUUUGCUAUUUCUCAAUCCUGCUAGUUUAUUGUCAGGGCAAUUAGGCCCACAUAUAGGCUAUUCUCAUUUACGGGCAUAUUGUUGCAUAACAGGCUGAAUAAUUUACAUUGUCUGGAUUUUAUCAAUUUGCAAGAACUGUCAAAUCAUAAAGAAUUGGCUGAUAUAUAAAAAUACACAGUUUAUAUAUCCCCUUGGCAAGUAAACUCAUCUACAGACAAAGAAUAUUAAAAGCCAUUAAAAGCUGUCAAAUGUUUUUCAUAAAAGUUUGAUGUCUGAGAGUAUUAAAACUAAAAUAUCUGUGACUGUUUAUCCUCAGAUGUAAAUAUGAUAUAGCUCUGCUCAAAUAAUCAUAUGUUAAAACCGUAAUCCAUAAUGUUUUUAACAAACAUGAAAAUUUUAUGUGAGAGCAAACUAUGUUAUCAUCUUGUUUGUCCUUUGAUGCAAAUGUGGAUAGGGAUAUGCAGGUUCUUGCUUGCUGGCCAUAUAAGGUUUUUGCACCUGUUAAAGAGUUGCAGAUAUUUUGCUUUUAAUCCAUUUAAGAAUCAAGAACACAUCAAGGCACCAUCACUUUGUCUUAGGAUCAAGAAUUUGUCUGGAGUGAGGGAAUGGUUAUUUUUUUAAUACUGCUUUACUUCUUUUCAUCCAUAAAGCUCCAGUGUGUUGUGUAAUGCGUGGGCCCUACUUUAUUAUUUUACUCUGCCAAAUACAGUUGACCACUUAAGUCCUCAAGGGAAAAGUGUUGAGGGUCAAGUUAUGUUAAGUAUAAACUUUUUCUUCCAAAAAUUUCAGUUUGAAGCUUCCUCCCCAACCUUUGUAUAUAUCCUUAAAUAAACUUGUCUUUAAAUAAAAGUAUCCUUAAAUAAACCAGAGUUUUAAAUAAGCAACAAGUCAGAGCAAGACAGCAAGUAUAUAUAUAAGAAUUCAUUGUAUACGAGAUAAAUAAUCUUGUGAUUGCUUGACCUGAAUGGAAUGUUUACUUAUUGGAUUAAACAUUAAUACCUCUUUACUAUAUUUUGGGAUUAGUUUGCAAAUGAGUUGUAAGUAUGGAGCCAUAAUGAAUUAAUUUUUGAACCUUUUCAAGUGUAUGUAGGGAAAUGGCAUAUUGUAUAAGAAUUGAUCAACGAAAAACUGUUUAUGGAUAGCUUGGAAUCCUCUUCAUUUAACCUUAUUUCAACAUCACUAUGUUAUUUAGAGAAUGUUUGAGAGCCACCUUAAUAUGGCUUUGUUUGAAGUAUCAUUUUGGUAUUUGAGAAAUCCGCAAUAACAAGGCUUUGUUUGAAGUGCAGUUUAAUUUGGUAUUUGAGAAAACUGCAAACAGCCACUUUAAUAAGGCUCUGUUUCAGUUGCCAGAACUCCGUUUUCUAAUGCCAGAACUCCCUUUUCAAAUGCCAGAACUCCCUUUUCAAAUAGCAGAACUCCCUUUUCAAAUAGCAGAACUCCCUUUUCAAAUGCCACAACUCCCUUUUCAAAUGCCACAACUCCCUUUUCAAAUGCCAGAACUUCCUUUUCAAAUGCCACAACUCCCUUUUCAAAUGCCACAACUCCCUUUUCAAAUGCCACAACUCCCUUUUCAAAUGCUAGAAUUCCGUUUUCAAAUGCUAGAAUUCCGUUUUCAAAUGCUAGAAUUCCGUUUUCAAAUGCCAGGACUCCCUUUUCAAAUGCCAGAAUUUCCCCUCAUUAUGAAAUUUGGAAGACUUCCAAGACCCACCUUAAUAUAAUAAAGGCAUUGUUCGAACUUUGAAGUGCAGUUUGGUAUUAGGGAAAUUGGCAUAGAGCUACCUUAAUUUAACAAUGCUCUAUAUGGAUGUAGUUUUGGUGAGAUUUUGAAACAUUAGGGAGCUACCUUAAGAAAGAAGGAGCUACCUAUAAAGCCUGGUUCACAUUGAUCGUAAACAUCGGCGAUGCCCAUUGUCGGUGGUCAUUGAUGCAUAAAAUGUUUUGUGCAUUUUCUUCUUCGUUGCUCACAGACAAUGGAUCGUAGAACAUCGCCGAUCAAUGUGAAUCAGGCUUAAGUCUGUAUAGAGCCACCUUAAUAAUGAAUCGCUUUGUGACAACUUGCUGGUAUUAAUCUUUAGAGAGCCACCUUAAAAUGAUUUAUCAUUAAUUUCCCAUUUUCAGGUAAAAUAAAAUAUAGCGAAACAGUUUACGACGCUUGUACGGAGUCUUUCGAUUGCCUGCCACUGGCAGCUUUGAUGAAUCAACAAUUUUUAUGUGUUCACGGUGGCUUGUCUCCAGAAAUACACACAGUUAACGACAUACGAAAGGUAAACAGAUUUGGGCAUCAUUUCAUCAUGUGAUGGCAAAUACAAUUAAAGAUUAACAGUGCAAAUGAUUUGUGAAACUUUGGCCAAAAUUGCACUAGCCGCCGAGGCCAACCAAUAUAGACAAUUCCCAUUAUAGAGUAAUUUUAAAACUAGGCAAGGAGAUGCAAAUCAAUCACCACAGCUAGAAGAGCAUACUAAAAUGAGUAAAAUUGCAAAGUUUGGUUGCGAAAAUAUACCAUUUUUGGCCCAAAUGUGGUAGCAAUUUCCACACGCAAUACAAAAGUAUACAAAAUUUGCGAACUUUGCAAGGCUAUAUUUUCCGCAUUUUACAACAUGUCGCAACCAAAAUUUGCCAUUUUACUCACCUUAGUAUACUCUUUCUAGCUGUGGUGAUUUAUUUGCAUCUCUUUGUCUAGUUUUAAAAUUAGUCUAUAAUGGGAAUUGUUUAUUGUUGUCCUUACCGAAACCCUCUCUUUCACUCAUUCCAAGAACUGACUUGCAAGCUCGCUGUAAUAUGAUUGGCUGCAGGGUUGGGCGAUAUUUUUAACAUCAUAUCAUGAUUAUCGUCUAGGAAAUUAUCACAAUAUUCGAUACCGCGAUAAAUGCAAUAAAAAUAAUGGCCGCAGUUCCAAUUUUAGAUAAUAGACUGUAAAAAAAUAUAUUAACAUAAGAUAUAUCAGUUCAUUAUUAUUAUAAAUACAAAUUGAAGUAAAUAUCCAGUAUAUAUAUCUAUAAAUAUAUAUAUAUAUUUAUAAUAUAGCAUUUGUAAAUUCUGAACGCUGAUUGGCUAAGAGCCGUGUUGAUAUAACUCAAUGUCAACACAGAAAAUCUCUUUCUUUAUAUUUCUUUGUGCUAUAAUAUAAAAAAAUAUAAAACAUUUUCCGUAUUGUCUAUUGAUACACAGUUGUAUCAACACGAGUGGAAAUUGGGAAAACGAGAAGUCGAGAAAUUGUGUGGGAAAACGAGAAAUUGUGUGCGAGAAAUUACAUUUGUUAAAUAUUUCAUCAUUGCAUAAACUUUGGCUGUCCACUGCCGAUAGUAACGUUUAUUUGUUCGAGAAAUUAAAACAACUGUUUUCGGAUUUUGUCAAACAACUGUUUUCGGAUUUUGUCAAACAAUAUCACGAUAUAAUCAUUGACCAUAAUGAUAAUUACGAUAUAUCGUCGCUCAUGUUUCUACUUUCGAUACGAUAAUCAGGAGUGGAAAUAUCACGAUAAUAUCGAAAUAUCGCCCAACCUUAAAGGGUAUGGCAUUCAAAAUUAACUUGUCUUAUUUGAAAGAACUUUUAAAGUUAUAUAUGAAGACCCUUUCGAAGUAUUUUGACCAAAAACAGUGUGCAGUCCGCCAUCUUGGCAUUAUAAUUGACCUAAUUGACCAUUUGCGUAAUAGACUAAAUUUUGAACUAAACAAGUCUAGACAAAAAUUUCAUUACAGCUUGAAGGAGCAUCGCAAAAUUAGUAAUAUUCCAAAGUUUCGUUGCAAAAUGUUGUAAAAUGCGGAAAAUAUAGCCUUGCACUUGCGAAAUUUGCAAUUUUCAGUCAUUGUAGAUUACAAACGGGAAAUUGACAGCCCCAAACCCUUCGAGGCUGUCAAUUUCCGGUUUGUAAUCUAAAAGGACUGAAAAUUGCAAAUUUCGCAAGGCUAUAUUUUCCGCAUUUUACAACAUUUUGCAACGAAACUUUGGAAUAUUACUAAUUUUGUGAUGCUCUUUCAAGCUGUAAUGAAAUUUUUGUUGAGAUCAAAAUUUAGUCUAUUACGCAAAUGGUCAAUUAACUGAGUUUUUGAUUACGUCACAAGCAGGGUAAACUUAUUAAAACUUCUUCAUGUGGGACUAAAUUUCUUCGAAAAGUUUCUUAAAAUAUUGUGAGUUAAUUGAGUACUAGAAAGACCUUCAGUCGACGAGUUUCAUAUUGAUAAUGAUAUGUGGUUUGCAAGAUAAAAAUUUCUUCUUUUUUUUUACCCAACUUGUGACAUAUGCAUAUCGAAGCAUAUCCAAGAUGGCGGAAUGCACGUUGCUUUUGAUCAAAAUAAGUCGAUUUAUUUCGAAAGCCAAGCAAGAUACGGAGUAAUUGAAAGGAAGUUUAUAUAUCAUUUUAAAUGUUCUUUCAAAUAAGACAAACUUAAUUUAUAUUGCCAUAUUCUUUUAAAUUUGAAUGAAAGCUGUCAUAGCGAGCUUUUGUGAGUUGACUCCUGCGAUGAAUGCAGACUUGAAUGUUAAACUAUUGUUUUCCAGUUGGAUCGUUAUAAAGAACCUCCUGCCUUUGGUCCAAUGUGUGAUAUGUUGUGGUCAGAUCCAUUGGAAGACUAUGGCAAUGAGAAAACGAAUGAAAACUACAGUCACAAUAGUGUUAGAGGAUGCUCAUACUUCUACAGGUAAACAAUUGUGUCGCUUAUUGUCUGAGAUAUAUAUUAUUGUGUGUGAUGUCCAUGUAUAUGUAAAUAGUUUCAAAAUGUUGAGCCUGGACGAAAAUUACGUAGUGUAAAUCUGGUCACCCAAUGAAAAUAAAGUGCAUUAUUAUUAUUGUCAAAAGCAUAUUUUCAAAACAAUGUAUUUCUCGUUUUAGCUACCAAGCCAUCUGUGAGUUUUUACAAAAUAACAAUCUACUUUCCGUAAUACGCGCUCACGAGGCUCAAGAUGCUGGGUAAGUACUUGAGACAGGGUUGUACAAAACUUGAAAGUCCUUGAAUGUCCUUGAAUUUGAAGACAAAAAUUCAAGGCCUUGAAUAUCCUGGAAUUUGUAAAAAAUACUCGAAAGUCCUUGAAUUCUUCUUGCUUCAGUUUCCUAAAUAUUCCCUAGAUUACCAUUCAUUCUGUGUACAAAUGUGUGUUUUUCCACCACAGGUAUAGAAUGUAUAGAAAAAGUCAGACGACUGGAUUCCCAUCGCUUAUUACUAUUUUCUCAGCACCGAAUUAUUUGGAUGUUUACAACAACAAAGGUAUACAACUUUCUCUUUUGCACUUAUAACCCUGUAGUGAACGGUAGGCAAAAUCAGUAAUCUUUAAUUUCUACCUUCUUUUAGCUGCUGUUUUAAAAUAUGAGAAUAAUGUAAUGAACAUACGACAAUUUAACUGCUCACCUCAUCCAUAUUGGCUGCCAAACUUUAUGGACGUUUUUACAUGGUCUUUGCCAUUCGUUGGUGAAAAAGGUAAUUUCCAAUGUCCCUUGAGUGUAACGUGCUUUGAAACGACAAAGAAUAGGGGAAGUCGUUUUCUUUCUACAAGAUUGACAGAGGUUCGUCUCAAUCCUUUGAGAAGAGUGCCUUAAGUUUGACCCAAAUAUCACAGGUUUUCUCUGAAUGCUCCAAUUUCCUCCUAUAGCGAUACUGGAUCGAUAUGGGAUGAUCCUUACUCUACCUCUAGGAAGAAUAGUUUGGGACUAGUACAGCUAUCUAGUAUGGAACAAUAAAGGAUGAUCCUUACUGGACCUCUAGGGAGAACAGUUUAGAACUGAUAGAGCUAUCCAGUUUAACUGUGGUAUAAGUAAAGUUAGUUUAGUUUAAGUUUCCUCCUGUAGUAACACUGGAUCAAUAAGAGAUUAUCCUUACUGGACCUCUAGAAAGAAUGGUUUAGAACUGAUAAAACUACCCGGAAUAAAUAAAGUUAGUUUAGUUUAUGUUUCCUUCUGCAGUGACAUUGGAUCAAUAAGAGAUGGCUCUUACUGGACCUCUAGGAAGAACAGUUCAGAACUGAUUAAGCUAUCCAGUAUAAAUAAAGUUAGUUUAGGUUUCCUCUUGUAGUAACACUGCAUCAAUAAGAGAUGACCCUUACUGAACCUCUAGGAAGAACAGUUUAGAACUGUUAGAGCUAUCCAGUAUAAAUAAAGUUAGUUUAGUUUAGGUUUCCUCCUGUGGUAACACUGCAUCAAUAAAAGAUGAUCCUUACUGGGUCUCUAGAAAGAACAGUUUAGAACUGAUAAAGCUAUCCAGCGUAAAUAAAGUUAGUUUAGGCUGAUAAGUCCACUGUACUUACGCGGGAUACAUUGCUAUUACAGUGACAGAAAUGUUAGUGAACAUUUUAAACAUCUGUACUGAUGAAGAACUGGACGACGUCAAGGAAGACGAAGAGAAGACUAGAGAAGCGGCCAAAAGGAAGGAAGUCAUUCGAAACAAGAUACGAGCUAUUGGAAAGAUGGGACGACUCUUCAGUGUACUAAGGUAAAGUAAUGAGCCAACAUUAAGGUACAUUGCAGCUUAACAUGGAUUAAUAAUGAUUUUUAAACUCUCAACUUUCUACAUCAGGGAAGAAAGUGAUAGUAUUCUAAAACUGAAAGGUCUCACACCAUCAGGCUAUCUUCCCACCGGUGUUUUGUCUGGAGGGCGCGAUUCUUUGGAAGAAGGUAUGGAGUUUGUUUGCUAGUGUACUUCAGUGUAAUAUUUCUUACUGAACAUUCUGAACAUCCUAUAUCUUCAUUCCAGCUUUGAGCGGUGACUGGAACCAUCACAAGAUCAAAUCGUUUAAAGAGGCUCGUCAUCUCGAUCUGGUCAAUGAACGUAUGCCACCAAGAAAAGAUUCAAGCUCCUCUAGCCCCAAAAAGACGUGAUCUUAUCACCUCCCGGCUAGCGCAAUAUUCUACACACUUUCGUGCCUAAGACGCAACCUUUUUAGAUAUUACGGUCGUUAACCUAUAGUUUCUCGGUAUCAUAUAAUUUAGAAGUAUUCUCCUUUUGCAUUUCGCAAAAAUCUCAGAAAAUUUAGGGCGAUUCUAUAAUCGAACUGGAAAACAUUGCGAUGUUUUCGUACGGGUAUACUAUAGGUAGCCACCUUAAGUCUGAAAAAGUUGAUCUUGGAUAAUGUUAAAAAAGUGGAUAAUUCUUAAUGCUUCGAUUCUUCAAAUGUCCUUUGGACGCUCUUGUAAAAUCAGCCCAAAACCUAACGUGUUUUGCUAUAUCCUUUCAUAAAAUUAUGCCUGGUUUCUACUUGGUUGUGGCUGUCGUGAAUAUGCCAUGGUAGCCAGCGUGUUAGGAGAGAUCCAGACUAUUCACAUGUAUUGAAAUGGAGUGUUGUGAUAUCUCUGCAGUCAGUACAGACUGAUUUACAUAUACGGUGCACCAAUCGCAGAAAAUUCACAUAUCACUUCGCGUGUGAAAUUUUAUGUGGAACAUUUCACAUGUGAACACGCCCAUUUCAUAUGUGACCACGCACAUUUCAUAUGUGAACACGCCCAUUUCAUAUGUGGAAUUCACAAUUUUCACCACAUGAAAUGUGACUUUCACAUGUGUGAAAUUAUUUCUUAUGAGGAAUUGAAACACUGCAUGUGAAAAGUCAUUUUGUGGGCAAGUUAUAUGUGAAAUUUUCGUAAGGGACUGUACACUGACCAUUUCACAUGUAAUGAAAUGUCUGUGUAACUUUGAAAUCAGUAGAAACACACAGCACAAAAUAGAUGCAGACUAUUUGACAUGUAAUGUAAGUGUCGAAAAUAAACGCCACCUCGGAAUUUCCUAAGAAACCACUUUGCAAUUCUUAAGCAUAAAAGAUAUUAGGCCCCUGGGAAUUGAAAUCGAAUUGCUAAUUGAUCAUAUUACUGUUGUUGUAUCGUACUUGUAAAAUAAAAACUUAUUAAGUGCCAUUAAAUAAAUGUAUAAAUUUUGCUUUGUGCACUCGCGUGUGCUGUAAUUUUGACAGUGGUGCUAUUUUAAAUUCCCAGGCACCUAAAAUAUUUUGUCCUUAAAACAAUGUCGAUUUCUUGGGAAAUUCCGAGGUUGCGUUUUUUUUUAUACACCCUGUAUAUCAGUAGACAGAUUUGCAUAAAACACGCAAGACAAGAUCCAUGACGUGCAUGGUCAUGACAGCCACGACCAUCUAGAAACUUUCUACUAUUCUCAGAAACUGAAUUAAUUCUCUGAUUUAUAGAUUAUUUAUUGUACGAUGUGAAGGCUUAAAUUCGUUUGUGAUAUAUAUAAUACCAGACGUUGGUUUUAAAGUAUUGCAGAUGAAGUAUGUCUAUGUACACGCGAAAUUAAACAAUAAACUCCUUUUUUUGAGUUUUGAAAAAUUCCUUUGUCAUACAGGCUUUGCUGAAUUCUGUUCAUGAAUUUAUCUAAUUCUCGCG